CUAUUCUCCCUCUAUAAAUACCAAUCCCCCACUCUUUCCAAAACCUCCUUUCCAACAAAACCAUUAGCUUCAACUUCAACGAGCUCUUUGAUGGAAAUCCCAGUGGUGAAUAGAAUAAGCGAUUUCGAGUUGCCCAGCCCGUCUUUCCCGUCGCAGGCUUUCUCCAUUUCCGGAAUCGAAAAGGUCUACAGUGUCUGGACAUGGGGCGCUCUAAUACUCGCCGUAAUAGCUUCCUUCGGCACCAUCAUCACUAGAAUCAACUUUGUUAUCAUCCGACGGCUCCGCCACAAGACCGCCGAGCCUCUCUGCCUCCGACAAGAAGACGAUUUCUCCGAUAUCGACGACGACGAUGACGAUGACGAAACAUAUUCCGUUUCCACGUCAUCGUCGGUUUCCGACGAUGACGAGGAAGAAGAAGAGGACGACAGAAGAGACGAAGAUUUCAAUGUCUCGGCAGCUGACCGGGGACGGAACCGUAAUUUGAGGCUCCGCCGUGGCAGAAGCUUCGCGGGCUUGAACUUAAACCGGUUCUCUUGGUCCGACUUCGCCAGCGGCAAGAGCGUCGUCAAGCUCUGGGACAACUUGGCUUUAGGAUUGGACCUUGAUGACGACAGCGACGACGAAUAUUCCGGCACCGGCAGAACCGUCUCCGUCUACGACAUGAACAAACAGAAGAAGAUAAACUCCUUCUUCGCCGGCAGCUUCCAGGUCCCGGCGGCCGCCACGUCUUCGCGGUCCACGAUUCUCACAGCUGACACGAACGCCUCCGGGCGCGUAGCCUUGGGCUUGUGGGACACGCGCGUGGGCAGCAGGAUACCGGCGAUGCUAGCCGAGUGGGGCCCGCAGAUCGGGAGAAUCGUCGGAGUGUCCUCGGGCGGCGUCGACAAGGUUUACGUCAAGGAUGACGUUACGGGGGCGCUAAUGGUCGGUGACGUGAGGAAAGUGGGAGCUCCGUUACGAAACGUAACGGAUGCCGACGUGAGCGAUACGUGGUGGGACGCCGAUGCGGUUAUGGUCUCGGACGAGUGUUUUGAUGAGUCGGCCGCCGCGAGUGAUUGCGACUCGGCCGUGACUCGGUGUUGUAGCGCGGUUAGGUCUUAUCUGUUAUGAGAUGGCAAUAGUAACGGAUAUAGAAAUAAUGUAAGGCCAUUAAUUUGUAAAUAGUUCCUAAUUUAUUUCCUUUUAUGAUAUUAUUAUUAUUAUUAAUAUCAUUUUCUGUCAA